AUGGCCCGGGCCCGCGGCCAGGCCCCGGGGAGCUGCGGGCGGCGGCGGCCGCGGCGGGGCGGCGCGGGGAGCGGGCCCCGGGGGGAGUCGGCCGGGCUGCUGCUGCUGCUGCUCCAGGUGCUGCCGCCCGCGGCUGCCGCAGGGCCCGGGCGCCGGGGCACGCGGGGCGGCGGCGGCGGCGGCGGCGUCUGCUGGCCCGGCGCUGCCCCGGCCUUUCCCCGGGACGCGCGGCUGCUGCUGCUCCUGCCGCCGCUGCCGCCCCUGGCGCCGCCGCCGCCGCCGCGCGCCGAGCCCGCAGCCUCCGCCUCCCGGAUGGACGCUGUGGCCCGCGGCGGGCUGAGUCUGAAGGAGGAACCUCUGCUGCCCGCCGGCCUGGGCUCGGUGCGCUCCUGGAUGCAGGGCGCGGGCAUCCUGGACGCCGGCACCGCGGCGCAGAGUGGCGUGGGCCUGGCGCGAGCACAUUUUGAGAAGCAGCCCCCCUCCAACCUCAGGAAAUCCAACUUCUUCCACUUCGUGCUGGCCAUGUACGACCGGCAAGGGCAGCCCGUGGAGGUGGAGCGCACGGCCUUCAUCGACUUCGUGGAGAAGGACCGAGAGCCCGGAGCGGAGAAGACCAAUAACGGGAUCCAUUACCGCCUCCGGCUGGUGUACAACAACGGGCUGCGGACUGAGCAGGACCUCUACGUGCGCCUCAUCGACUCCAUGUCCAAGCAGGCCAUCAUCUACGAGGGGCAGGACAAGAACCCCGAAAUGUGCCGAGUGCUGCUCACCCACGAGAUCAUGUGCAGCCGAUGCUGUGACCGGAAGAGCUGUGGGAACCGGAAUGAGACGCCCUCCGACCCGGUCAUUAUCGACAGGUUCUUCCUCAAGUUCUUCCUCAAAUGCAACCAGAAUUGCCUCAAGAACGCGGGGAAUCCCCGAGACAUGCGGCGCUUCCAGGUGGUGGUGUCCACGACAGUGAGCGUGGACGGGCACGUGCUGGCCGUGUCCGACAACAUGUUCGUGCACAACAACUCCAAGCACGGCCGCAGGGCACGCCGCCUGGACCCCUCGGAAGCGGCCACCCCCUGCAUCAAGGCCAUCAGCCCCGGGGAGGGCUGGACCACGGGCGGCGCCACUGUCAUUGUCAUCGGGGACAACUUCUUCGACGGGCUUCAGGUCGUGUUCGGGAACGUGCUCGUGUGGAGCGAGCUCAUCACACCUCACGCCAUCCGGGUGCAGACGCCCCCGCGGCACAUCCCCGGGGUGGUGGAGGUGACCCUCUCCUACAAGUCCAAGCAGUUCUGCAAGGGAGCACCGGGACGCUUUGUCUACACUGCCCUGAAUGAGCCGACGAUCGACUACGGAUUCCAGAGACUACAGAAAGUCAUACCCAGACACCCCGGGGAUCCCGAGAGGCUGCCUAAGGAGGUGCUGCUGAAGCGGGCGGCCGACCUGGCCGAGGCGCUGUACGGAGUCCCCAGCAGCAACCAGGAGCUGCUGCUGAAGCGCGCGGCGGACGUGGCCGAGGCCCUGUACAGCGCCCCCCGUGCUCCCGCGCCGCUGGGACCCCUGGCCCCGAGCCACCCGCACCCCGCCGUCGUGGGCAUCAACGCCUUCAGCAGCCCGCUGGCCAUCGCCGUCGGGGACGCCACGCCGGGCCCCGAGCCAGGCUACGCGCGCAGCUGCAGCAGCGCGUCCCCCCGCGGCUUCGCGCCCAGCCCCGGCUCGCAGCAGAGCAGCUACGGCAGCGGCCUCGGAGCCGGCCUCGGCGGCUACGGGACCCCGGGAGUGGCCGGCCUCGGGGUGCCCGGCUCCCCUAGCUUCCUCAACGGCUCCACGGCCACGUCGCCCUUCGCCAUCAUGCCCUCUAGCCCCCCGCUGGCCGCUGCCUCCUCCAUGUCCCUCCCGGCCGCUGCCCCCACCACCAGCGUCUUCUCCUUCUCGCCUGUCAACAUGAUCUCGGCGGUGAAGCAGAGGAGCGCCUUCGCCCCGGUGCUGCGGCCCCCCAGCUCCCCGCCCCAGGCCUGCCCCAGAGCCCACGGAGAGGGCCUUGCCGACCAGCCUUUUGAGGAUUCUGACAAAUUCCACUCUCCAGCCCGGGGGCUGCAGGGCCUGGCAUACUCGUAAUUGUGGCUGGCAGGUGUGGCCCACCAAGGCCGGACUGGAGGCCCCCCGGGGUACACACCCAUGUCUGGACGACGGCACAGACACGAGCAGGGUCAGGGCUGUGGGCCAAGCAGAGGCCUACUUCCCCGCGCUGAAGGACCCCCUCCAGCCCCCCGGCUUCUCUCGCCCCCCCCUUUUGGGGGCUGGUCGGAAGCCCGAGCACUUUGCACUGAGCACCGUGUUCUCUGCUGGAGAGCAUCGGGAGGUGCUGGGGUGCGGGGCCUCCCUGGCGGCUUCCUCUGGAUUCGAAGGACCUGGCGCAGACCAAAGGCGCCCGUGCCGGCAACUGCCCCCAGGGCACUGGUACGGACGGGACAGACGGUGGGAAAGGACAGCUCAGGGAGAGGGGCCCGGAAGGGACUGUCGGAGUCUGGCCCCGCGUCCCAGCGUCUCCCCAGGGCAGAGGUGGCAUCCACAGGUGCAGCCCACCCAGGCCCCCGAGGAGCUCCCAGGGGCACCUGAGCCCAGUGCCCCCCAUUGCCUCGGGGGGGCCCCGAACACGCCUGCCUGCCGCAUCAUGAAUCCCAGCGGGAACUUGGAGCCUGCAGGACGCAGAAGAGGGGGCUGUGCCCAUGGCAUUGUGGGUCUCCGCCCAGUGGGUGUCUCGUGGACUCUGGUGCCCCUCCACGGGACUCUGGCUGGCGCAGGGGCUGGGGCCGGCCGCCCCGGGGCUUUCCCUCUGCUCUCCUGAGGUUGGAGUGACCGGAACAAUAAACACAGAUGCAGG